CUUCCAUCGUCCCAAAAUAUUUAUAUAUUUUGUUCUUUCUUUAGGUGCUAAUAGACACUCCUCAUGAAACUGGUCUGAGACUUGAAUCGAUGGAUUGUUAACAAAGAAUACAGAUUUUUUUAUUUUAUUUGGAGGAAACAUUCAGGAAAAGAAUCUCCAGGAAAUAUGGAUGAUCAACCUCUUGAUUUAAGCUCAUUUAAGAAAUCUUGUCCCGCUGCAUCAGAAGGUCAGCAGAAAUCUACAGAAGGAGAGAAACAAAUAUCUGUUGUCGGAAAGUCUUCCUUACCAUUUAAAAAGAGAAAAUUUGAAUCAACAAGUGCAACAUCAGAUAGUGCUUCCAGGUCAAUUCUUGAAUCUUUACUUACAAGGCCAAACAAAAAUGUGCAAAAUGUUUCAAAAGAAAAGAGCGUUCUGACAGAAGGGCUCUCGCCGAGUUCAGGAGAAAAAAGUCAUGGAGCUUCUGGCAGCUCAUCUAUUAUAACGGCUCAAAAGGAACAAAAAUUAACUCAACAUUCAAGCAGCGAUGACAUGACCAGAAAAGAGGAUGCGAUCGAACUUUCAAAGAGCGCUGGUGCAAGCGAAAAUAGUGAUUUUUCAGAUCAAGAAUCUUCUUCAGAUUCUGAUAACGGCCGACCCUACGGCUGCAUUCAUUGUAAUAAAAGUUUCGAUCAGCCUGUUGCUCUUGUAUAUCACUUUCGCAUUCACGGAAAGCCUUUCAUAUGUAAAUGCUGCAAAAAAAAGUAUCGCCAAGCUCCAGACUUUAUAAAACACAUUCAGAAGCACGCUGGAGAAGGAGGAACGCCGUUUAGUUGUCCAGACUGCAGUAAAGGUUUAUGUAGAAAAGUUAAUUUGAACAAGCAUUUGACGAUUCAUAGACCGAAGAAGAAAGAUUCGGGUAAGCAUACGAUGAUUCACGGAAACAGCCCAAAGACAGACAUGGAAAAGCAUGAGAUUAUUCAUGGAGAUAGUUCGAGCAAAGCAGACCUGGAAAAACAAAAGGCGAUCCAUGGAAACAGCCCAAAUAAAGUAGACCUGGAACAGCAUAUGACGAUCAGGGGAAAUAGCUCAAAUAAGGUAGACAUAGAAAAGCAGAAGAUAGUCCAUGGAAAUAGCCCAAACAAGAUAGACCAGGGAAAGCAUGUGACAAUCCCUGGAAACAGCCCGAAAAAGGUAUAUCUGGAGCAGCAUAUGACGAUCCACGGAAAAAGCCCAAGUAAACUUGAUCUGGAAAAGCAUAGGAUGGCCCACGGAAAGAGCCCAAGUAAACUUGAUCUGGAAAAGCAUAGGAUGAUCCACGGAAAGAGCCCAAGUAAACUUGAUCUGGAAAAGCAUCGGAUGAUCCACGGAAAGAGCCCAAGUAAACUUGAUCUGGAAAAGCAUAGGAUGAUUCACGGAAAGAGCCCAAGUAAACUUGAUCUGGAAAAGCAUAGGAUGAUCCACGGAAAGAGCCCAAGUAAACUUGAUCUGGAAAAGCAUCGGAUGAUCCACGGAAAGAGCCCAAGUAAACUUGAUCUGGAAAAGCAUAGGAUGAUCCACGGAAAGAGCCCAAGUAAACUUGAUCUGGAAAAGCAUAGGAUGAUCCACGGAAAGAGCCCAAGUAAACUUGAUCUGGAAAAGCAUAGGAUGAUCCACGGAAAGAGCCCAAGUAAACUUGAUCUGGAAAAGCAUAGGAUGAUCCACGGAAAGAGCCCAAGUAAACUUGAUCUGGAAAAGCAUAGGAUGAUUCACGGAAAGAGCCCAAGUAAACUUGAUCUGGAAAAGCAUAGGAUGAUCCACGGAAAGAGCCCAAGUAAACUUGAUCUGGAAAAGCAUAGGAUGAUUCACGGAAAGAGCCCAAGUAAACUUGAUCUGGAAAAGCAUAGGAUGAUCCACGGAAAGAGCCCAAGUAAACUUGAUCUGGAAAAGCAUAGGAUGAUCCACGGAAAGAGCCCAAGUAAACUUGAUCUGGAAAAGCAUAGGAUGAUCCACGGAAAGAGCCCAAGUAAACUUGAUCUGGAAAAGCAUAGGAUGAUCCACGGAAAGAGCCCAAGUAAACUUGAUCUGGAAAAGCAUAGGAUGAUCCACGGAAAGAGCCCAAGUAAACUUGAUCUGGAAAAGCAUAGGAUGAUUCACGGAAAGAGCCCAAGUAAACUUGAUCUGGAAAAGCAUAGGAUGAUUCACGGAAAGAGCCCAAGUAAACUUGAUCUGGAAAAGCAUAGGAUGAUCCACGGAAAGAGCCCAAGUAAACUUGAUCUGGAAAAGCAUCGGAUGAUCCACGGAAAGAGCCCAAAUAAGGCAGACCUGGUAAAACAUGAGAUAAUCCAUGGAAAUAGCCCAAGCAAAACAAACUUGGGAAAGCAUAUGGCAAUCCACGGAAAUAGCCCGGAAAAAGUAAACAUGGAAAAACAUAUGACGAUCCACAGUAACAGUCCGAGCAAGGUAAAUCUGGAAAAGGAAAAGGCAAUACAUAAAAAUAGCCCGAAGAAAUUAGACUUGGAAAAAGGUCACGAUGAUCGGAUGAGAUAA